GCCGUUCGGGGGUUGCGCGGUGGCGGGAGGUGUCGAUCGGCCGCCGGUCGGGAGCCGAGCCGCGGAGCACUCCCGCCAUUUUUGAACUCUGCCGCUGGAGCCGGGGCGCGAGGAUCGCGCCUCCUCCUUCUCUUUGGGCGAUCGGAGCGGCGGAGGAGCGGACAGUGCUUCAGGCGUCCAUCAGCACCGGCAGGAGCUCCCUGUGAGAGCCGAGCCGAGCCGGCCGGCCGGCCAGCUGGACCAUGGCGCCGCUGCUGGGCAGGAAGCCAUUCCCGCUGGUGAAGCCGCUUACAGAUCUGUCGGCAGAGGAGACCAUCUACGUGAUCGAGCACAGCGGGGAAGGGUUCCGGAGCAACGAAGAAUAUGAAUCCCGAUUGUCUAGAUAUGCAGAGCGAAUCUGGACAUGUAAAAGCACAGGCAGCAACCAACUCACACACAAAGAGGCCUGGGAAGAGGAGCAAGAAGUAACUGAACUACUAAAGGAAGAAUAUCCAGUGUGGUUUGAAAAGCCUGUUUUAGAACUAGUCCAUCACAAUACAUUGUCUUUAGACAAAUUAGUUGACAAAACGUGGAUGGAGAUCAUGACCAAGUUUGCUAUUGGAGAACACUGCGAACUCCAGGUUGGGGAAAAUAAAAUUCUUCCUGUAGUAGUGUUAAAAGUCCAUCCUCUGGAGCCAAAGGAAGAAUUACCUUCUCAGAAGAAAACUGAUGGAUCUUGCGAUUCACCUUCCAGUGACAAGGAGAAUUCCAACCAGGUGGCACAAGAGAGCCUUGGUAUAGAAGUCUGCAACAAAGUUGAGGACAGCAAGAGGGAAAACAAUACAAGUGACCGAGCUCGUCGAUCACCACGGAAGCUGCCUACAAGCCUCAAGAAAGAAGAAAAGAAAUGGGUUCAUCCAAAAUUUUUGCCCUACAAGUAUGAUGUGAAGCUGCAGGAAGAGGACAAAAUAAUUAGUAAUGUACCAGUCGAAAGUCUCAUCCGAUCAGAAAGGCCACCAAACAAGGAAAUCUUGCGCUAUUUCAUCAGACACAAUUCCAUGCGAAUGGGGAUGGGAGAAAACGCACCCUGGGUGGUGGAAGAUGUACUCGUGCAGAAAUAUGCGCUACCCAGUAAAUUCAGUGACUUCCUGCUGUCUCCGUAUAAGUACAUGAUUCAUAACCCUGUUGUGAACUUGGGAAAAAGGAAAAGUGCUGUCUCACCAGAAGGUAAAGCCUCAAAAAAAGCAAAAGGUGAUGGGGACCCAAAUAAAGAGAAAAAUAAGAAGCGGAAGAAUGGAAACAAAGAGAAGGUUUCUCGGAACCCUCCUUUGAGCCCAACAUUAUGGGGUCAUGUGCAGGUGAAAAAGGCUAUGAAUGGGAAUGGAAUGGCAUACAAUCCCAAAAGGUCUCCAGAACAAGAACUGGAAGAAGUAAUGAAGAUUGUAACACCAACCAAAUUGAACACCAACUUCCACAUCCCCAAAAAGGGCUCCAGUGCUGCUCGGAACUUUAAAAAGCUGCAAACUAAGGAUAAAGCGAACAACAAAAAAGAGAAAUCCAAGAACAAGGCUAAGUUGCUCAAUGGGCAGAAGUUAGCAGGGAAUAGCAAAUCUCCAAAAAAGAGUCUGAAAACUCCAAAGUUGAAGAUGAAACAGAUGACACUUUUUGAGAUGGCAAAAUCCAACACACCAAAGACUGGAAAAUCUCCGAAGGGUGUUGGAGGAGCCUCAAGAUCUAUGUCUAAACCUCAGAAAUACCUUCCACCUUUAGCUUUACAAUUUCUUCGAUAUUACAAAGAAAAUAAGGGGAAGGAGGAGAAAAAAGGUGCGGUGUCUGCAUUCAUCACCAGGGUGGCCAAAGUGCUUUCCGCUGAAGAACGUGCUCGUCUACCAGAGGAAGUUGGUGAUCUUGUUCAGAAACGUUAUGAGAUUUUGGAGCACAAGAGGAAGUGGGCAAUGAUGACACUAGAAGAAAGAGCAGAUUAUCACAAAAAAAAGCGUGAAGAGCUAAAGAAAAAAUUAAAGGAAAAGGCCAAAGAACGGCGGGAGAAGGAGAUGCAGUUAAAACUGGAAAAACAGAAGAGAUUUGAAGAUCAGACUCUUACAGGAAAGAGCUUACCUGCACUAAAGCUGGUUGAUACUCCUGAAGGGCUCCCAAACACUCUUUUUGGUGAUGUUGCUAUGGUGGUAGAGUUUCUCAGUUGUUAUGCUGGUCUGCUGAUGCCAGAUGACCAGUAUCCAAUCACUGCAAUCUCCUUGAUGGAAGCACUGACCUCUGAAAAGAGAGGUUUCCUCUAUUUGAACAGAGUUCUGUUGAUCCUCCUUCAAACUUUGCUGCAAGAUGAAAUUGCAGAAGACUACAGAGAAUUGGGGAUGAAACUUUCUGAAAUUCCUCUCACCUUACACUCUGCUUCAGAGCUUGUCCGACUUUGCAUGCGCAAGUCAGAUGUGCAAAAUGAAAGUGAAGCAUCAGAAAUGAAUGAAGAUGGGAAGGAUUCUAUGGGAUUCGAAGACGAUGAAGUUGCAGAUGAAUUCCUAGAUAAGUUGGAAACUUCUGAGUUUUUUGAACUGACUCCAGAAGAGAAAGUAAAGAUUCUAACAGCACUCUGCCAUCGGAUUCUAAUGACUUACUCAGUUCAGGAUCACAUGGAGGACUCGCAGCAUAAAUCUGCAGAGCUAUGGAAGGAGAGACUGGCCAUGCAAAAAGAAGAAAAUGAUCGGAAGAAGGCAGAAAAACAAAAGAAAAAAGAAAUGGAGGCAAAAAAGAAAGAGCCAGAAAAUAACAAAUUGGGUGACAAGAAAAAGUCAGAGAAGAAGGAAUUUGAUAAGAAGCUAGAAGUGGACAAAGGUGGAAAUGAUUUGUUAACUGAUGUCAAUGGUAGUGAAGACCUCAUUAGUGCAAUUAAAAGCAGGCGAUUGAUGGCAUUGCAGGCUAAAAAAGAAAAGGAAGAGAGAGAAAAGCAAGAAAAAGAAAGGAUGGAGAAAGAGGUGGAAGUAGAAAAGAUUCGUAAGCAUAAAGCAGCAGCUGAGAAGGCCUUUCAGGAGGGAAUUGCAAAAGCCAAACUUGUCUUGCAUCGAACUCCAUUGGGCACAGAUCGUAACCACAACAGAUACUGGCUGUUUUCGGAUCUGGUGCCUGGUCUGUAUGUAGAGAAAGGUUGGGUGCAUGACAGCAUUGACUACAGCUUUACCAUUCCUGAAGAAUACACUCAACAUGAAGAAGACCAGGAUUCCAAAAGUAAUGAUGAUGACAGCAUUGCUGAGAGCAGCUUAAAUGACAGUGGCCACCAGGGGUCCUCCCAUACUGCAGACAUUUGCAUUGAAACAACUGUACCAAAACAAGGGCAGAACCUAUGGUUUAUUUGUGACACUCAGAAAGAACUAGAUGAAUUCCUGAACUGUCUUCAUGUGCAAGGUGCCAGAGAGAGUGCGCUUAAAGAACGCCUUCAGAAAAAGUAUCAAGAUAUCCUUCACUCACUACACUUGGCACGGAAACCAAACCUUGGCCUCAAGUCCUGUGAUGGCCAUCAGGAGCUCCUCAAUUACUUGCGAACUGACCUGAUUGAAGUGGCAACGCGACUGCAAAAGGGAGGGCUAGGAUACAUGGAUAAAUGUGAUGAGUUUGAGGAGAGGGUACGCUCGUUGGAGAGCCUGAAAGAUUUGGGUGAGUGUGUGAUCACACUGCAAGAGUGUAUAAUAAAGAAAUUCCUGCAAGGUUUUAUGGCACCCAAACAAAAGAAGAAAAAAGCAGGCGAGGAAACAAAAGUAGAGGAAAUCGAUGAGGAGAAGAAAAUGGCUGAAGAAGCUAAGGUUGCUUCUGCCCUCGAGCUGUGGAAGUGUGCUAUACGAGAGGCUCAGACCUUCUCUCGUAUGCAUGUACUGCUCGGAAUGUUGGAUGCCUGUAUCAAAUGGGAUAUGUCAACUGAAAAUGCCCGAUGUAAAGUGUGUCGUAAGAAAGGUGAAGAUGACAAGCUGAUCCUGUGUGAUGAAUGUAAUAAGGCGUUCCACUUGUUCUGUUUGAGACCAGCCCUCUAUGUGAUACCAGAUGGAGAAUGGCUCUGUCCAGCGUGUCAGCCAGCCACAGCCCGACGUGGCACACGUGAUAGAAAUUAUGCUGAGGAGGAAGAUGAAGGUAAUGAGGAUGAGGAGGAUGAAGAAGAGGAAGUGGAGGAGGAGGACGAGGAAGAGGAGGACGAGGACUACGAGGAGCGUGGAGGUCCCAGACUCCGAUUGAGGCCCAGGAAAGCUGCCAAAGGAAAACCAGGCUCUCAGGGCCGUCCUCCUAGGCAGGCCAAACAGCCGGGGAGGAAAAAGGCCCUACACAGUCACAGCAGGAACACUCGACACAAGACAUCACCUGUCAACGGUGUGGACAUUGAUGAGCUGGUACAACAAAGAACAAAAUAUCGGUCACGGAGACUAAAUCUGGAGCUUGCAAAGUGUGAAGAAAUCCUGAACAAAUUAAUCAGAUCAAGAUAUAGUUGGCCCUUCAGAGAGCCUGUGACAACGGAUGAAGCAGAAGAUUAUUUUGAAAUAAUCUCUAAACCUAUGGACUUGCAGACCAUGCAAAGCAAGUGUUUAUGCGGCACCUACAAGACUGUUGAAGAAUUUCUUGAGGACAUUAAACUGGUGUUUAACAAUGCAGAACAGUACAAUCAGGAGGGUAGCCAGGUUCUUACUUGUGUGGAGAAAACAGAACGAUGUUUCAUUGACAUGUUGGGAAAACAUCUUCCCAACUAUAACUACAAACGGGGCAAACCACGAAAAAGCAUCCAGAAACGGAAAAGGCUGGUGCAAGUAGAACUCGAGGAGGAGGAGGAGGAGGAGGAUGAGGAGGAGGAAGAGGAGGUAGAGGAGGUGGAGGAGGAGGAAGAAGAAGAAGUAGACGAUGAUUAUGAUGACAGUGACACAGAAUCAAGUGAACAUUCCAUCCCACCACGUAAGCGCCGGAAGUGAAUCGAAAAUAGCUGAGCUUUCUGAAUAAUGGAUGUAGUAAUUAUUUUGGAACUGCAGACUUGUUUGUACUUUAAAUGUUUACGUUGACUGAUUUGACAUACUGGAUCAAAUACAAAACUUCAACCAAACCUGGAUAUUUUCAUAGGAAUACAAAAAUGUUGAAGUCUAAACCUCUUACAGAUUUUUUAAUACUCUUGUUGAGUUGGGAGAUCCUGAGGGCUGAAAGUUCCUUGUUUUGUUGAAAGUAGUUGUGAAAUUAAGAUCACAGACAAGGAGCUCUGUUGUUCUGAUUUUAUGACCAUAGAGGGGACCUUUCUCAAUAAUUUGUGUCCCUUGGUAUCAGCUUUCAGCAAAAGCUUUCUGAUUUGUUCAUCUUAACCGUGGAAGUGGUCAAUUCAGGGAAUAAGACAACCCCUCAAUUGUUGGUCCUUGGUCCUUCUAAAUAACACUGCCUCGCUGGAGAGAGUGUACAAUUAAUGGAAGUUCAGCUGAUUGCAGGCCAAGGUGUUUCCCAGUGCCAGAUGACUUACAUUGCAUCACCAGCAUCUGUUUUAUCCAGCUGGGUUUUAGGUUUGACCAUAUGAUUGAAUAUGUGCAAAAUUGUCUCACAUUGAUCGCAACAGUAUUGUAAAUGUACAGCUGUUCUUUAUAAUAAGGAGAAGUAUCCUGCCCUCGAAUGUUUUGCCAUCUGAAACAGUAAAAUGAGCAUUUCAUAUGAACCACCAGCCAUCGUGUAACUUAUGUCACCUGUUUGAUUGACUGUAGUCUUGAAGGAAUCAGUUACCUGAUGAACGUGUGCAGGAUGUUUAGUUCAGAGUCAGCUUGGUUUCAAAAUUGAACUGUGGUCAGUUCUGCAUGUAAUGAGCAAAGGUAACUGGUUUAUAUGCUUAGGUCGUCUACCCUGAUUUGGCUGAGGGUCCAACCAAAUGGAUGUUAAUGAAUAAUAUAUUGGGUGUCUCUAGUUUCUUGAAAAAUUCUAAUUUGCCCUAUACACUAAUUGGUGUGGGGUAACAGCACUCUGACUUAGUAAAGAUUUACUACCACGUCUCAUGCUUGUUGGCUGACAGCAAUUCUAUGUUUGACAUGGAAGAUUCCCUUUUGAUCUGCCUAACCAUUCUGGCUGACCAAAUAGUUCUCAUGCAACACCAUCGGAUUUUUAAACUGAAGAAUUGUAAAAUACUCCUUUUUGUGUGGAGAUUUGUACAGUGCAUACAGAUAUGUAGAUCUAACCAGAUUAAGAUCCUUGUGUUUCAAGUUGUCAGAAAAAUUGUGGCGCAACUUGAAUUUGUUUUCACCUUUGUUACUGUAGUUUGUAUAAAUAAUACAUAUUAUUUUGAGUAUUUGUGAGCAACAAAUCCUUCAAAGCCCUAUUCACAUCUGCAGUUCUUUUCCUUGGAGUGAGGGGGAAGGAAAGCACUGAUCUAAAAUUUUCUGUUUCUUUUUGAGAGUUUCCCCCUCUUUCCACUUGGCGUUUUAUCACCGUUCCCAGUCACUCUCAGUUGUGUAGGCAAGUGAUGUAGAAUAAAACAGUGGAAUUUUGACAUUGUAUAUUUUCCCAAAUGUCUGUGGUAGUUGUUUGGGGAGGGCUAUGCUUGUAUUAAAAACAUUUUUGGACUUUUAAAUAAAAGCAAUUACAUCUAAAACUUCGCAAAAAAAAAGUAAGGGUUAUGUGUGCCCUGUAACUUAAGUGUUUUUAAAACAUGUUCAAUGAGUUGCUGCUUGGAGACUAACUGUUUUCACUGGCUGGCAGGCUUGGAUAUUGUCUGGCUUUUCUAGUGUGAUUCCAUCUCUCCUGAGUUGACCUCGUUUAUCUGUGACUACAUCUCUGUCUUUGAGUAUUUCUUCUGUUGUCUUCUCCAUGUUUCCUUACUGACUAUGCUGGGCUCACUUUUCUGUUGCAUGCCCCAUGCUGUCUUAUCUGUGGCACGCUCUCUACUGCUGUUCCCUCUCUUGCUUUCUCCCAUCCCCCUGUGUCAUGUGCUUUUGCAUAUGCAUGCGUGUAAUCUUUUGAUUUCCAUGUUUUUUUUUGAAUUGGGAUGUGAUACGUUUCCCUGCCAUUGUGUGCAUCUGUCCGCCUCUGUCAGUUGUGUGUAUGAGUGUGCCUUUGUCGUUAAGGGACAAUACAUUUCACAAUCCAUUUGUCUACAUAUACCUAUUUCUGUGUCAGCAUUCAGACUGCCAUACGCAUUCAGUUUGUAAUAUGAGAUUGCUCCAAAGAGGACCACCUGCCCUCUUUCCUCUUUCUCCUUCUUCACCCUGUUGAAUAUGGCACCUGUGAUUAGACUCUUAUGUAGUUGACUUAGUCUACAUAGCAACAGUGGGGACUCUUCAGAAGUACCUCACUAGUGUGAAUGCUGAUGUAAUAGUACCCUUUUUUAAAAAAAAACUUUCUUCAAGUUAAAAAGCACUUUUAAGCUUAAUUCUUUACAGGCACUGCUCAAAUAAGAGCGUAUCUCUAGCCUUAGAUGUAAAAAUCUAAAUGUGCUAUUUCAUGAGUAAUUAUAGAAUGUCAUAUGUUUUGGAGCAAGUCCAAAAGCCUAAUCUACCUGGAUUUUGUGUUCCCAAUGCACUUUUGUACUGGGAGAGAAUGUUGACGUGUAACUGAAAUAGUCUUGCAUAUUGGCAGACACAUGCGUUGAAAAUGCAUGAAUUUUAGCCUUCUCAUUAUUUUGGAGAUCAGGAUGUCCAAGCAUUAUGCUUGUGCACUGCAUUGGUUUAUACAAAGCAAUCUAAGAAAGUAAGAAUAGGGAAACAAUACAAAAGAAAUUUAAGAAAGGGAGUAUUAAUAACCUAAUCAAACUUGAAAUGAACCCUAUUCUGCAUUAAUUACAUCAGUGCAUAUUAAAGUCAAAGAAGAGGCACUUUCACGUGUACAUGAAAACUCACUACGAAAGGGAAUAAUUCCGGAAGACUAUCAGCAUUUCAGGUGGGAAAGAUAAGAAAAUCCUUAUUUAAAAGAUGCCAUAAAAAUGAACUUGAAGUUGGAACUCUGAGUAGUUAGAGUGAAUUUUAAAUCUGAAGGCAAUGUUUGACCAACGUUUUUGCACUUAAAGCGUUAUACAGCAUGGAAAUAGACCCUUUGGUCCAUAUCCCUCACCUCUUCCUAUUUAUGUACCCAUCCAGAUGCCUUUUAAAUGUUGUAAAUAUACCCACACCUGCUUUGAAGAGGUAACAGUGGAUAUACAGAUUUAAUAUUUUUAGGCUUUCAAAAGAAGCAUAAUGAGGUGUCUCAAUGAUUCAGUUGUGGGACCAAAGGACAGUAGCAAAGUAAAUAGCAAGCUAUUUACAAAACAGACAUGAUAAGAGUAAUCCUCCACUUUUGCUGCUGCCUCCAGCUUGAAGUCACUAUCAAAUAUGUCUUCCCCUCUUUCAGCAUUCUGAAGGGACUGUUUUCUCUACAGCACCUUGGUCCACUUCUCAAACAAUACCCAAUUUGUUUUAUUAGGCAUAUUGUGCCUUUUCAUGCAAUUACGAUAUGAUGUCAGUCCUUUGACCUUCUCACUAUCAAAAUAUCCAAACACAUCUUCCAGAUGAAACAAAAAUUUUGUUUCUUUACGCUGUAUUUGCUAUUUUCAAUGUAGUCUGUUCUACUUUGGUGACAGCAAGGACAGAUUGGGUAACUUCAAACAACUUUUCAGUUGAGAAAAUAGACCCCAGGUUUUUGAUCACCUGUCAUUUAGUUUUCCAGUUUGGUCUCAUGCUGACCCAUCUUCUAAGCCUUCAGUGUUCCAGUCCAAGCAUAAACAGCAGCAUCUUUUGAUUUGGCACUUUCAGACUCUGGACGCAUUAUUGAGUAUAACAUUUUCAGGCAGUAACUUCUUCUCAAACGUUUUCUUCUGUUUUGAUGGGUUUACUCUUUUUCUCUUCAGGCAGUAACUUUUCAUUAUUCUGUAUUCAUCUACAUUUCCAUUUCCCUUAGUCCCUUUGGCCUCAGACCACCAGCUGGUAUUUAAUCUCUCCACCUAUCGCAAACACUUGUCUCUUAUCCCCAAGCCCCACUUUUUUCAUCCUUUCAUUUCAAGUCAGUUAUAUCUUUCUUCCUUCACGGCUGUGCCCUGACCUCUUGAGUAUUUCCAGCAUUCUCUAUCUUUAUUUCAGAUUUCCAGCAUCUAUAAUACGUUGCUUAGAUAUUUCACUGAACUUGGUACUGAGAAAGCUGGCUAAUGUCAAUUAAUUCUUCGUUGAUCGGACAGAGUCUUCAAUAAUUUUGAUAUUUUUGCUAAAAGAGUUGGUAGCCCACUGGUGUUGAGCAGAUUGUUCUGUCAUAAAC